GAGUACGGAGUAGUGGCCAUUGGUUGGGAUGAGUACGGAGUAGUGGCCAUUGGUUGGGAUGAGUACGGAGUAGUGGCCAUUGGUUGGGAUGAGUACGGAGUAGUGGCCAUUGGUUGGGAUGAGUACGGAGUAGUGGCCAUUGGUUGGGAUGAGUACGGAGUAGUGGCCAUUGGUUGGGAUGAGUACGGAGUAGUGGCCAUUGGUUGGGAUGAGUACGGAUGGCCAUUGGUUGGGAUGAGUACGGAGUAGUGGCCAUUGGUUGGGAUGAGUACGGAGUAGUGGCCAUUGGUUGGGAUGAGUACGGAGUAGUGGCCAUUGGUUGGGAU